CCACAUCCUAUGUACAUCUUUGUGGGAGAGAGAGAGAGAGAGAGAGAGAGAAAGGGAGAGACAUUCUGGAGUGUGCAGAGACAACUGAAGAGGGAUAGUCCUCAGAUUGAUAUACAGAAAUGGCGUCGUCGAGAUUGUUCUGGGCAUCAAGAGCAGCCUCAUACCUCAAGAUCUCGGUGUUCCACAGAGGAUUUUCCACAGUUCUCAAGGAUCUAAAGUAUGCCGAUACUCAUGAGUGGGUGAAAAUCGACGGUGCUUCUGCAAUUGUUGGCAUAACUGAUCACGCGCAAGAUCAUCUGGGAGAUGUUGUGUAUGUCGAAUUGCCGGAAGUAGGGGCUGCGGUCACGCAGGGCAGCAGCUUUGGCGCGGUUGAGAGCGUCAAGGCCACCAGCGAUAUAAUCUCUCCCAUUUCAGGGAAAGUUGUCGGAGUCAAUGAAGAGCUCAACAACUCUCCUGGUCUAGUUAACUCAAGUCCAUAUGAGGACGGGUGGAUAAUAAAGGUCGAGGUGAGCGACGCGAACGAGGCGAAAACCCUGAUGGGCGCCGACGACUACUCAAAGUUCUGCGAAGAAGAAGAUGCAAAGCAUUAGGCCCCUGGCCCUGCAGAACUGUAUGCUGUGUUUGAGGAGGCAUGACACUCAUCUUGGACAAGACGCUACCAGCUGGCCAUACUCUACCAUUGUGGUUUCUUCCCACUACGACAUUGCAGAGCAUCGUGUAGAAUUUCAUGUAACGAUCCUUGGAUAUCUUUUGUUUUCCAUCUAAAUUUCUAAGGAUCACAAUUUUCUCUUGUUUGUGAA